AACUAAAACCCACCACCCGUGGGCCAGCCCCGAUCCCCGCCUCCCCGGUCCUCCCGGGGGCUCCCCGCCUGCGCCUGCGUCUGGGCACGUCCCCACCCCCCCUUAGUGGCGCGUUCCACGCACGUCCCCGCACUUAACCUCUGCGCGCCCGGCGCAGGGAGCGCGAUCCUGCAGCCGCAGCCCCGCGGACCAUGACUUGCUACCGGGGCUUCCUGCUGGGCAGCUGCCGGCGCGUGGCGGGUGGCCGCGCGGCUCUGCGGGGCUCGGGCUCGGGCGCGGACGGACGGCGGCACUUGGGGCACGGGCAGCCGCGCGAGCUGGCGGGCGGUGGUAGCCCCGCCGACGGCGGCUUCCGCCCCUCGCGGGUGGUGGUGGUGGCGAAAACCACCCGCUACGAGUUUGAGCAGCAGCGGUACCGCUACGCGGAGCUCUCGGAGGAGGACCUGAAGCAGCUGCUUGCAUUGAAAGGCUCGAGCUACAGUGGACUACUUGAGCGACAUCAUAUUCACACCAAAAAUGUAGAACAUAUAAUUGAUAGUUUACGGGAUGAAGGGAUUGAGGUUCGCCUGGUCAAGCGGAGGGAAUACGAUGAAGAGACUGUUCGAUGGGCAGAUGCUGUCAUAGCUGCAGGAGGUGAUGGCACGAUGCUUCUGGCUGCGAGUAAAGUUCUGGACAGACUUAAACCUGUCAUUGGGGUCAACACUGAUCCGGAACGAUCUGAGGGUCACCUGUGUUUGCCUGUGCGAUACACACGUUCCUUCCCCGAAGCCCUACGGAAGUUCUCUCGUGGUGAGUUCAGGUGGUUAUGGAGGCAGCGGAUCAGGUUAUAUCUGGAAGGAACUGGCAUAAACCCCACUCCUGUGGACCUUCACGAACAGCAGCUGAGCUUGAAUCAGCACAGCCGAGCCUUUAACAUCGAAAGAGUGCAUGAUGAAAGAUCGGAGGCGUCAGGACCUCAGCUUCUGCCGGUGAGAGCGCUCAAUGAAGUCUUCAUCGGGGAGAGCCUGUCAUCCAGAAUGCCUUAUUGUUGGGCUGUAGCAGUGGACAAUUUAAGAAGAAAUAUACCCAAUCUAAAGGGACUGGCUUCCUACUAUGAAAUUUCAGUUGAUGAUGGCCCAUGGGAGAAGCAGAAGAGUUCAGGGCUCAAUUUGUGUACUGGAACAGGAUCAAAGGCCUGGUCAUUCAAUAUUAACAGGGUCGCAGCGCAGGCUGUUGAAGAUGUUUUAAAUAUUGCAAGACGACAAGGAAAUAUGACUCUUCCAUUGAACAAAGAAUUGGUAGAAAAAGUAACAAACGAAUAUAAUGAAUCAUUGCUCUACAGUCCAGAAGAACCAAAAAUACUUUUCAGUAUUCGAGAGCCAAUAGCAAACAGAGUUUUCUCAAGCAGCCGACAGCGUUGUUUCUCCUCAAAAGUUUGUGUUCGUUCUCGAUGUUGGGAUGCCUGCAUGGUUGUGGAUGGAGGAACAUCUUUUGAGUUUAAUGAUGGAGCCAUUGCUUCCAUGAUGAUCAAUAAAGAAGAUGAGCUUCGAACUGUGAUUCUAGAACAGUGAAGGGUUUCCUCAGACGACGGAUUUGAUUACUAGAGACAUUUUUUUCCUGCAGAUACAGAUGACCAGCCAUAGACCGACCUUGUUAUGGCUCUUAAUGACGGGCUACCACGAGUGUCGAGGUGACACAGUGGGAUGCAUGUGCUCGCCUGCUGAUUCUGACCAUGAGACAGAUGGACUAAAUGGACGAGAAUUAUGUGAAAGCCUUUGUAUUAUUUACAGUUGGUAACCAAGAGCAUUGAUACUCUUUAGAGAGGCAGGUGAAAUAAAGGAGUAAGGAUUUAGGAUUUGAAAUUUAACUGUACAAGUGUUGUUUUCUUCCUAACUUUGUGGAAUUGGCCACAUGUAUUAUUUGAUUACUGCAUUAUUUUUAUAGUACCUAAAAGUAAAGAUUUUUAAAAAUUUUGAUGAUGGAAAAUUUUGAUAAAUCCUGAUGUUGACUUAACUGAAGUUGGUAAAUGUGUUUUAUAUAGCUAAGAAUUUUCUAAUUCUAGGAAACAGUGAUGAAAUCACUACUGAUUGAAAAAAAAAGUGGGAUCAUUUUUAAGAUUAUUUGUAGACAAAUUCUGACUUGUUUUGGGUAUGUCAACAGUGCUAGAUGAAACACAUCUAUGGGAAAAAUCAUGAAGCCUUGUAAUUGUUCAGGCAAGUAACUGAAUCCAGUAGCUCCUCUCUUGUUUUUUAACUUCUAUUAUGAAAUCAAGGAUUAGAAGGAUAAUCAAUGAUUGUGUUCUGUUAGUUCAGUAAAAUGUUCAAAAACCCUUCCUUUAGUAUUGGUGAUAGACUAUUUAGUAAACAUGUAAGACCUAAGACAUAGUUUUGGAAUUGCCUUAAGCUGGUAUUGUAAUUUUCAUUUACUGUAUUCUAAAACUUAAACAAUGAGAUAAAUCAUCAGAGCCUGCCAUCUUCAAGUAUGAAAAACACUUUUAUUUUUGGAGGAGACCAUUUUAAUUCUUGAUUUUGUUUUCACAAAAAGCUCCCAUUGCUAAAUAAUAGGUGUUAUUUUCAUGCCAGUUUUUUCAGAUUUGUGUAUUUUCACUUGUUGGUGAAAUUGUUUUUUUUUUAAUUGACAAAAUGUUUAUUGAAGACUCAUUCUGUGCCAUCUAUCAAAUGUUAUAGAUAUAUAUAUACCUAUAUCACAGAGUAGAUAUAUCAUAUAUCUAUAUGUUGCAUAGACAUUGAAAUAAACUAUUUAUGGAACUUGGGCCCAGUGAGCUCAGAAGUUAGAAACUAGAGCUUGGAUGUACGAUCAGAUCAAACGCUCUCAGCUUUGCCAAAUUCAGCUCGCUGCUCUUAACAAUGAGAAAUAAUGAAUUGUCACUGUGUGAAGUAGUUUAAUCUGUGUUUGUUUAGUACACUUCCCUGACUAUCUGUAGAAGGAAAUAAAUUAGUGUUUUUGCUGAGCCAACUCUAAUUUUCACUUUAACUUUUAAAAAAAAAGGAUAUAUUUAAGAUAUCCCUUUAUAUGAAAGUUAAAUUCUACACUAUAGAAUUUCACCUAAAAGGGUUAAAAUACCUUGUUAGGAAAAAAAAAUAUGCCACUCAUAUCUUUAAUAUAUUUAGAUCUGGUUGUCCAUGAUUUACCACAGACCUGUUUAUAUGUACCAUCAACUGGUAGCUAGCUGUGUGGAAUUGUUCUUAAGCUACCUUUGGGAAAAUAUUAAAAUGACUUAGUAUGCUCUGCCUGUAAUCUAACUUCUGCUCUGUGGCAGGCAGGGAUUUAUUUGUGACAGAGUAAUAGCAAAGGAUGUUGGGAUAUCAAAAAUGUCUUUAACUGGGUUAACCUUUAAUGGCCACUUCGUGCAAAUAAAAUUAAACCAUUGUUUGUUCAGUUUUA